UAAGCCGUGUUUGUGAAUGUGUCCAGAGUGCAGCUGAAGGCUCACUGACUUAAAUCUCACAGCAAAUCCCUUUAGUCGCGAGUUGACAUGGCCCGACUGAUCUCUGCGGGAAGUUUCAGGAAAUGCAACAGGUGGACGAGCUGCAGGGAAUGAAGCGUGGACUACCGUGAGUGUUUCCAGACUCUGGAGCAGACAGCAAAACUUCCCCACUGUGAGCGGAUUUUCUGGGACCUCUUUAGCGUCCCAGGCUAGUAGCUGCUGUGCCUCCUGGGUGUCGGACUCGGGGGGGGAAACUGCGCACUCCUUCACUCGGUCAGGUGCCACAAUGGAUGACAACAGCCUGAGUGACUCCAACGUAAAGGUCGCUGUGCGCGUGCGACCCAUGAACAGGAGAGAAAAAGACCUGAAAACCAGAUGUGUGGUGGAGAUGGAGGGAAGCCAGACCUUCCUGCAUCCAGCCAUCACUAACGUAAACAAAGGAGACCCCAGGAACCAGCCUAAGGCGUUUGCCUAUGACUACUGCUUCUGGUCCAUGGACGAAUCCCAACAGGACAAGUUUGCAGGUCAGGAUGUGGUGUUCCAGUGCCUUGGGGAAAGCCUGCUGAACAACGCUUUCAUGGGCUACAACGCCUGCAUCUUUGCUUAUGGACAGACAGGUUCUGGGAAGUCGUACACCAUGAUGGGCUCAGCGGAGCAGCCUGGUCUGAUUCCUCGUCUCUGCAGCUCGCUCUUCGGCAGGACGGUGCAGGAGGCCCGAGAGGGAGAGACCUUCACCGUGGAGGUCUCCUACAUGGAGAUUUAUAACGAGAAGGUCCGAGACCUGCUCGACCCCAAAGGGAGUCGCCAAGCGCUGAGAGUGAGGGAGCACAACGUUUUUGGUCCCUAUGUUGACGGACUGUCCCGCCUGGCCGUGGCCAGCUACAAGGACAUCGAGUCUCUGAUGUCAGAGGGGAAUAAAUCUCGCACCGUGGCGGCCACAAAUAUGAACGAAGAGAGCAGCAGGUCCCACGCUGUGUUCAACAUCAUCCUUACACACACACUCAUGGACCUGCAGUCUGGGACGAGUGGAGAGAAGGUGAGCAAGCUCAGCCUGGUGGACCUCGCUGGAAGUGAGCGAGCAGCCAAAACUGGAGCAGCCGGCGAACGGCUGAAAGAAGGCAGCAACAUCAACAAGUCUCUCAGCACUUUGGGUUUAGUUAUCUCGGCCUUGGCUGAUCACGGAGCCGGAAAGAACAAGAGCAAGUUUGUUCCCUACAGAGACUCUGUGCUCACCUGGCUGCUCAAGGACAGCCUCGGAGGGAACAGCCGGACCGCCAUGGUGGCCACAGUCAGCCCGGCGGCGGACAACUACGACGAGACGCUGUCCACCUUGCGCUACGCCGACAGGGCCAAGAGCAUCGUCAACCACGCUGUGGUGAACGAAGACCCCAACGCCAGGAUCAUCCGCGAGCUCCGAGAGGAAGUGGACAAGCUGAGGGAGCAGCUGACGGAGGCGGAGUCUAUGAAGGCUCCAGAGCUGAAGGAGCGACUGGAAGAGUCCGAGAAGCUGAUCCAAGAGAUGACGGUCAGCUGGGAAGAGAAACUCCGCAAGACCGAAGCAAUCGCACAGGAGCGUCAGAAGCAGUUGGAAAGCCUGGGUAUCUCCCUUCAGUCGUCCGGCAUCAGAGUGGUGGAUGACAAGUGUUUCCUGGUCAACCUCAAUGCUGACCCCGCCCUCAACGAGCUGCUGGUCUACUACCUCAAAGACCACACGCGCGUCGGCUCGGCCGACUCGCAGGAUAUCCAGCUGUGUGGCAUGGCCAUCCAGGCGGAGCAUUGCGUCAUCGACAGAACGGAGAGCAGCGGCGUGGUGCUGACUCCUCACCGCGGGGCCCGAACGUGUGUGAACGGCGCCGCAGUCACCAGUCCAGUGCCGCUGCAUCACGGUGACAGAAUCCUGUGGGGAAACAACCACUACUUCAGGAUCAACCUGCCCAGACACAGAGGGCGAGCGGCGGGCGAGGACGAGGGCGGUGGAGCCGCCAUGAAGAAGUGUCUGAGCGCCGACCACCUGGAGGUGGACACAGACGCGCUCAGUGACGUCUCCAGCGAGCUGAGCUUCGGAUACGAGUUUGCUCAGACGGAGGUCAUGAUGAAGGGGAUGGGCACAAACGACCCCUUGCAGUCGGUGCUGCAGACCCUGGAGAGGCAGCACGAGGAGGAGAAGCGCUGCGCUCUGGAGCGCCAGAGGCUGAUGUACGAGCAGGAGCUGCAACAGCUCCGCCAGCGGCUCACGCCGGAGAGACCCUCCCACUUCUCGGACACGUCGUCCCUCACGGUCGGCGCCACCGCCGCCGGGACGUCAUCGGGACCUCACAAACGAAUGCGGCGAUGGAGCGAGGACAGAGAAGCGAUGAUGACCCGCAGCCUGCGGCGCCUCAGGGAGCAGAUAGUUCGGGCCAAGCUGUUGGCUCAGGAGGCCAGCUUCAUUGCUGAAGAGCUCAACAAGAGGACGGAGUACCUGGUGACUCUGCAGAUCCCUGCCGCCAACCUGGACGCUAACAGGAAGCGGGACGCGGUGCUGAGCGAGCCGGCCAUCCAGGUCCGCAGGAAGGCCAAAGGGAAGCAGAUCUGGGCUCUGGAGAAGCUGGAGAACCGGCUGGUGGACAUGAGGGACCUCUACCAGGAGUGGAAGGGACUCGACGAGGACAGUCCUAUGAUGCACUACUUUAAGCGCACCGACCCGUUCUUUGACGAGCAGGAGAACCACAGUCUGAUCGGGGUGGCCAACGUUUUUCUGGCCUGCUUGUUCCAUGACGUCAAGCUGCAGUACGCAGUGCCCAUCAUCAACCAGAAAGGAGAGGUGGCUGGGCGUCUGCAUGUGGAAGUGAGGCGAGGUACAGAGAGCUCUGAGGACACCGAGCAGAACGGGGAGCUUCAGGAGCGCAAACUGGACUGUGUGGUGAAAAUCCUCCAGGCCACCGGCCUCCCUCGCCACCUGUCCAACUUCGUCUUUUGCCACUAUCACUUCUGGGGGCUGGAGGAGCCGGUGUUCACCGCUCCAGAGGUGGGGUCAUCCGGCUCGUUGUCCGCUUCCAAAGACCCGCAGUGCACCGUGGUUUUUGACAGCACCAAGGAGUUAUCUGUUCCAGCAUCCGAGGACUUGCUGGAGUUCCUGGCUGACGGCGUGGUAGCCAUUGAGGUUUAUGGCCACAAGCAGGUCAACCACCGCAGGAACCUGGCGCUGUGGGACCUGGGAGUGAUUCAAGCCAAGACCAGAUCCCUCAGAGAGAGGUGGAGCGAGGUGACCCGGCGGCUGGAGCUGUGGGUGCAGCUGAUGGAGCUGAACGAGGCGGGAGACUUCACCGCCGUAGAGGUUCUUCCUGCCAAGGACGUCCGCACCGGCGGAGUCUUCCAGCUCAAACAGGGUCAGUCUCACCGGGUCCGGGUGGAGGUGCGGCCGGUGCCGGACUCGGGCACCAUGCCUCUCAUCGUGGCCUCCAUCGUUUCUGUGUCACUCGGGGACGUCAAAGUUCGCCAGAUCUCCAAGAACAACCCCCAUCCGGACGGAGGCGAAGACAUGGACAGCUAUCACGAGGUGGACCUGGAGAGGAUGAGGGAGCAGUGGCUGAUCACACUCACCGAGAGGCAGGAGUGCCUGGACCAGCAGCUGCAGAAGAUCGUCACUAAACCAGACAAGUCAGAGGACGACGUGGAGAGGGAGUCCCAGCUGCUGGAGUGCCGUCUGACCCUCACAGAGGAACGCAACGCUGUGCUGGUCCCAUCAGCCGGCAGCGGCAUCCCAGGAGCGCCGGUGGAGAGGGUUCCUGUCCCCGGGAUGGAAACCCACAUUCCCGUUCUGUUCCUGGACCUCAGCGCUGAUGACUUCCAGUCCAGUCUGUCGGCCCCCCUUGCCGGGGGUCUCGACGCGCUGCUGAGCGGUGAAGACGAGGACGACUUCUUUGAACUUCAAAUUGUUAAAAACUUCGAACCGGAGGUGAAGCUGGAGGCGUCCUGGGACUCCACCGUCCACGAGUGUCCCCAGCUCAGCCGAGCGGCGUCCCCGGAGCAGAGGGUCUACCUGACGCUGCGCGCCGUGGUGCAGCUGAGCCACCCGGCCCACAUGCAGCUGGUCCUCAGGAAGCGCAUAUGCGUCAACGUCACGGGGAAGCAGGGCUUCGCUCAAAGCUUCCUGAAGAGAAUGUCUCAGCGCAGCACCAUUCCUGGCUGCGGAGUCACCUUCGAAAUAGUCUCCAAUAUCCCAGGAGACAUCCACGGUCCGGAGGACAGGGAGAUGCUGGCCCGGCUGGCCACCAGCGGCGAGGACGAGACGUCCGCCGACAGCGAGGCGGCCAUAGAGAAGUACCUGCGCAGCGUUCUGGCCGUGGAGAACAUCCUGAAUCUGGAUCGCCUCAGACAGGAGGUCGCUGUGAAGGAACAGCUGGCGGUCAGAGGGAAAGCCGCCAGACGCUGCCUGAGCUCGCCAAACGUAAACCGGCUGUCCGCCAGCAGUCUGGACCUCUCCUCCUCCACUCAGAGGCUCACUUACUUCAAGGGCUGGGAGAGCCACCAGGACCUCUCAAUGGACCCCCCUCCGUCCAGACGCUCUCUGGCUGGCGCUGUGUCCCAGAACCUGAAUGCAGAGUCGGGCUUCGCUGCGUCUUAUCUCUCUCCAGUGAAGGCCGUCCCCAAGCUGCUGAAGUCCCUGCUGCCUGCGGGGAGGGAGGAGCGGGAGCCGGCGCCCGGCCCGCAGCAGGUUUCUCGUCCCGAGUCGCCGAUGGGCAGGAUAGACGUUUUUGACCUGCUGUCUGACAGUCUUCCACGCAUCGUGGUUCAGUCGGCCAGCGUCGAAGAGGACAUGUGCAAACAUCAACAGCCGGUUCCCGCUGAGGAAACGCCUCCCGCUGAUGUCCAAACGGCGGUCCCCAGAUCAGUCCCCCUCCCACCUCCAAUCAUCCCAAAUUGCGACGACUUCAGCUCUGGCUCAGCUAGCGACACGUCCAGCGGGUACGUGUUGUCCAACAUGUCCUCCUCGAGGCUUUCAGACGUCUACACGCUGAGCUGGGACCUGCCCAGUUUGUUAGCAGACGAAGGGGAGGAAGAUGACGAGGCGAGGGAGGAGUUCUCGCCUGAAAAGCUGGGUUUAACCAAAGAGCCGGCCGCCUCGAGUACUGACCAAACUCAGCCAGAGUCAGAUCUCUGUGAACAAGAGACAAAUCCAUCUCUGUCCAUUGAUUCAAAGAGUCUGGAAGAAGCUGCUGCAAGUACAGAAACACGAUCAGAAAACCAGGCUGAACAAAACCAAGUUCCGACUACUGACACUACUGAACUAGAGCCAUCAAAAAGUUCAGAGAAUCACACUGAUUCGCUGGGAGAACGACACGACGAACAGGAAGAAUCACAGCUAACGGAUCCUUCUGAAGGUUCUCCAACAAAACAUCCAGACAUCGUUUCUAUAAAUGAGAAUAACCGCGAUCAGUUACUCGUGAGUAAAACGCAAGCAGAUGAAAAUCUGGUAGAAUCGAUCGCUACACAGCACCAGGAACAAGACCAGGCAGCUUCUGACGGUGUUCAAGAUCCAGCUCCAGAUGUAAACCAGACUCCUGCUGCUCAGCCUAUGGAAGACUCUAACCCUAAAGAUUCACCCCAACAAGAAUUACCGCCUGAACCCUCCGGUACAAACAGCACCCUCAUCCAACCCUCAGACACAGUUAAGGCCAGUCCAAAACCACUUUCUGAGUCUUCCACCAAAGCUGCUACCGGUGCCGCCCAACCCUCCAAGUCCAGUUCGUCGGCAGUCAACCCCUUCAAGAUUCAGAAAGUCAAGUCUUCAGACCUCAAGUCUUUCCAGCAGAUUGUGGGUGAAGAAGGCGGUAAACCGGCACAUACGGGGCGGGGAGGCAGCCUAGGGGCAGGACUCAACCUCUCAGUGCCGGCAGAGAGCCUGGAAAGCAUCUCGGACUUAGAGGAGGGAGACGAAGUCGCUUCAGACGUUCUUCCUGACUGGUUGAAGGAAGGGGAGUUUGUGUCUGUGGGGACCAAUAAGAGUGGGACGGUGCGGUACGUUGGGCCCACGGAUUUUGCCGAAGGGACCUGGGUCGGAGUUGAACUGGAGGUCCCGGCAGGAAAGAACGACGGCUCUGUAGGCGGGAAGCACUACUUCCACUGUAACCCGGGCUACGGAGUGCUUGUGAGGCCUGACAGGAUUACCCGGGGGGGUGCCAAACGCCGGCGCCAGCAGCAAAAGCGUCGUAGUGCCAACCUGUCCGGGUCCAGUCCAAACUUGGCAGCUCUCACCGCCCUGGCGAAAGGUGAGACGGGAUCGGCCGGCCGCAGCAAAGGGGAGAACCGUAAAUCGUGGAACACUUGAAAUGUGGCGUACUUGUGGAAGUUUAAUGUAGGAUUCAGAAUCUGGGCCUUCACUGUGAGAGUUGCUGUGUGAACGGCUGGUAUCACUUCACUGACAAAUGCAUCAAUAUUGAAUGUUUUAAGUAGAGAUUUACAGAAAAGUAUUUAUUUUAGAGACAUUGAAAACCACAGAAGCACAUUCUGCAGUGUUGUGCAGAAGUCCAGCAGCCUUCGAAAGCCUACAUGAAUCAUGGCUCAGCUGUUUAGAAGCUUCACAUAAAAAAGGUUUCCUGCGUUAACAAGUACUGAAGAUGAGAACUGUAUAACAACUUCUCUGAAUUUUUAAUACUGUGGAAUGAGCUCACUAGAUGACACUAAUUCCAACUUGAAUGCAAUUUUUUAAAAACAUAUUUCCUUUUCUUGUCUUUUAACAUUAUUACGCUGUUUGCGGAUGAUAUUUGUGUAUUUGGAGCAUGUGAGUGGACUACUGUGCCUAAACUACUGCUCAACACGAGUGCCUUGAUCAUGUCCAGCCAAAAUGUUUCCUGCUGGAACUCUGACAAGUGUUGAUCAAUGAGAUCGAACUGGUUCUAGAAUGAAUGUUUCUACUUUUACACAAACUUGCACUCUGAUUACUACAGUAAUAAUAAUAUCCACUCUAAAUAGGUUGUCUUCCUGCCGAGCAUGUGUGUCGAUUGUUUUAAGAAUUUUUUUGUGUGUGAGAAAAUACUUGGAGAGGGAAAAUUAAGAGUAAUUUCUGAUUCAUAAAGUUUUUUAUAUAUAUAUAUUUACACACAUGUGCAUUUAGGCAAUUCAAUUUGACUGCUUUGGAUGCUUAUUUAUUUGAAAAUAAAGACAAGAUAUUGAUUA